UCAAGCACGGGGACAUUUAAAUCAGCUCAAUUUAAAAGAAUAAUCAGUAACUGAUAAAUAUUUAUUCAUCAUGUACUAAAAGAAUUAUUCUCUUUAUUAAAGGAGUUUUUGUCAUUGAAGUAUGUUGCUGAGUAGAUAUAGAAAGAGAUAGUUAAUGUAGGGGCCUAAAUACGUUCAAGAUGGCUGCGCCCAUGGUAAUGAUUUUCCGCCGUAUAAGCUUAAAAUUUGUCUCAGCGGGAGUUUUAAAGGUCUCAGGACCCACUGUUCAAAAGUUACAUCCCCACUGCAUCAGAAAAUACACAACCCCCAGACGCCAGUCUUCAACCCUUCCUGCAGAGGGGUCAAGGUCCCCGAAAUGGGAGCUGAUGAGUGCAGUUUGUCUGGAGCGGUAUCCAGUUGUGUCCCAGGACCGCCAGGACAUCGAAGAGGAAUACUGGAACCUGCUGAAAACCACUGAGCUGGAGAACAGUCUUCUUUCUGAUCAUGAGAUGCAGGUUAUUCAGGACAAAGAGAAGAUGGUGAAGAAGCAGAGCGGUGCCAUCGAGGAUGAUGACGACACAGAGUUGGUCUCAGCCCUAGACCUCGAGGAUCAGUACACAGAAGAGCUCAAUCAAUUCAUUCCAGCCAGCCGGAAAUCAGACAUUGACGACCUGCGCAGUAUUCAGCGGAAGCUGAUGGACAAGCUGGUGCUUCUCGUUAAGUGCAGGGUAGGGGACCAAAGCCUAUGGAUGAUGCCUCAGGAAACCAGACAAGAUGGAGAGACCAUGAGACAGGCAGCGGAUCGCGUGCUUUUCUCCCAAUGCGGUAUGCAUGAAAUGUGGCGAUCCCGUUUGUUUGGUAAUGCCCCUUGUGCCUUCUACAAGUAUGUCUAUCCCCCCGCUGUACAAGAAGAGAGUAAAUGUAAAGGGGCAAAGGUGUUCUUCUACAAAGCCAGAUUAUUGUCGGGAGAUAUCCAGAUCAACCAAAACAUCAUCAAGGACUAUGCAUGGGUGACUCUCAGUGAGAUGGACAAGUACCUAACCCCCUCUUAUCUAGACACAGUACGGAAGUUCAUUCUGCCCGUCAGCAUACCUGAUGAACAAGUCUGAAUUGGACAGAACUGAUUGUGUUGUGCUUAUAUCAUUUAUCAGAACAAACUGGACCCUGAGACCAAAAAAGGUUUUUCAUUUCACCAGCCCCUGUUUGCCAUUACUAUUUAAGGCAGAGGGUAUUUGCUCGGUGUGUGAACUUUUUGAGAGAGCUAGACACUUUCGAAUGUGCACAAUAGCCUGCCUUCAAAGAUGUGGCUAUGUCACCUCAAGAACUCCUUUGUGAUGUCAUAAACGCAAGCAUCUUUAGUUCUCAUCGUUUUGGAAUGGCUAUUUGUUCAGUGCAUUGUGGUUAUCUGGUCAUCUCAUUCUCAUCUGCCCUACUGCAAUGGACUGCAUCCAUGGGUCAACCAUAUUGAAUCGAAAGCGAGGUUAACUCUCAAUCUGGGAACCUGAAAGUGAAAAUGAAAGUAUGAAAUAAAAGGCUAUAACAAAUUC